AAUCCGAAGCCUCCCACGUGGUUAGCAGGGCGGGCGCAUCUCAACUGGUUGAACAUGCAACUUUUAGGGAGGCAAACAAUUGGACCCAUUGGUAGUUGCAUUUGCACAUCCAUGUAGGAUACUCCCCAACAGGAAACAACGACCUGCACGUUAGCAGGCGCCUCUUCUCUGCUUGUCAUCCAGAUCGCUCCCAUCUGUGCGCACUGCUGCUGCUGCCUCUUGUUCCAGGACUAAUUAAAGACCGCUUUGAACCCCGAGCCCAGUGUGCAGGAGUUAGUGUUGCCAAUCUGAUAGUUAGUCCACGGAGCCUGAUUACACCUUGGUUUAAAACCUAAACUAACAUUACAAGUUAUAGUGAUUGUUUUCUUCUCAUCAAGAGGACUUCUGAAGCAGAAUUUUAGCAUGGAUACAGUCAGCGACUCUGUCGGGGAGAGUAAGCCGGUGUAUCAGUGUGCACCGAAGUCCAUGGUCCAGCGGUGGCUUCCAGGAUUUAAUAUCGCUCUGUGCCUGUUGAUGUCUUUGAGCUCCGUCACAGUGUGUCUCUUGAUGAGCUUCAGGACUUUCCAGCUGGAGAACCGACUGCAGAUGGAGAUGGACAAAGCGUCUAUCUUCCAGCCGCAGCACGCAGCUUUUCUGAACGAGGAUGGGACCCUUAUUCAAGAGCUGAGCACCCCCAUAGAGUGGCUCGUAGAAGAGAAAAUCGGGGUGAUGGUACCAAAAAUGCGGGCAGCUAGAGAUGUUGGUCAAGAGUGCUCCUGUCCUCCAGGGCCUCCAGGAAAGCGUGGAAGGAUGGGAAGAAGAGGGGAACCUGGAUCUCCUGGCAAGGCUGGACGGGAUGGAUACCCGGGUCCUCUUGGUUUGGAUGGAAAACCAGGUGUUCCAGGUCCAAAGGGAAGCCAGGGACCAGCCGGACCCAAGGGAGAAAAGGGUGACCAAGGAGACGUUGGGCCACGGGGUCCCCCUAACUACAACACAUAUGCAGGUCUGCAAAGUAAUCAGAUUCCCAUCAAGGGCGACCAAGGCCAGGCUGGACCGGCUGGUCCUCCUGGUCCCCCAGGUCCACCAGGUCCAAGAGGCCCCCCUGGGAACACAGGCAAGGACGGGCCUCGUGGCCCUGCUGGAGAGCCGGGUUUUCCAGGUCGAGAUGGUCUUGAGGGGUCGCAGGGAUUGCCAGGGAAGCCGGGAGAGGAUGGUGAGCCAGGCUACCCAGGACCACAGGGCCCUCCAGGACUAAAGGGUGAGCCAGGUGCAGGUGAAAAAGGAGAGAGAGGCAUGGAUGGACUACCAGGAUUUAAGGGAGACAAAGGAGAGACAGGAGAACAUGGACCACAGGGACCCAUGGGUUAUCCUGGUGAAAAAGGUUCCUCUGACGUAAUUGACUUCAAUGGGAAGCUUCUAGAUGCGAUCCAGGCCAUCAACGCCAUCAGCGUUUCGGGCCAACCUGGACCACCUGGACCCCCAGGACCUGCAGGGGAAAAGGGCGAGCUUGGUUUACCUGGACUGGCUGGAGUUGAUGGGCAAAAGGGACCUAAAGGGGAUAUGGGUGAAGCUGGACCAGCUGGUGACAGAGGAGAGAAGGGGGAGAUGGGUCUCUCUGGGCCUGCUGCUAUGGACGGGCAGAAAGGAGAGAAAGGCGACUGCAGAAUGGACGACAACCUGGUUCAGAUGAUUUCCCAGCCAGGCCCACCUGGUCCACCUGGCCCACCUGGAGUACCCGGGUCCCCUGGAUCCAUGGGGCUGCAUGGGAUGCCUGGUCCUAAGGGUGAGCCUGGAUAUGGGAUGAAGGGAGACAAGGGGGAAGGUGGUUCUCCUGGGCUCAAAGGAUUCGACGGCCUAAAGGGAUCAUCAGGGUUGGUGGGUCUUCCAGGAGCAAAAGGAGAAAAGGGCAGACCAGGAGAGCCUGGACUAGAUGGUUUCCCGGGGCUGAUGGGGGAAAAAGGUGACCGAGGGGAUAGAGGGGACAAGGGUGACAGGGGAUCGGUGGGAAAAAGAGGUCUGAAGGGCCAGAAGGGAGAGCAGGGUCCUCCAGGUCUGGACCAGCCUUGUCCUGUGGGGCAUGAUGGGCUGCCCAUACCUGGCUGUUGGCACAAGUGAUGACUAACCAGCAGCAUGGGAUCUGUACAUAUUGAUAUGGUAUAUAUUGCAAUUGAAUACAACGCCAACAACCAGCUCCCUUUUUUCCAAUUUUUCAUAAAACAUUUUAUAUAAUAUAUUGAGAUUUUUAAUAAGGACAUUUUUGAGUCAACAGUAUUAUGAAACAUUUUUUUUUAACUGAAGAGAGCCAGUGUUGUUGAGAAAGUAGCCAUAGUUUGGAAGAGAAGAAACUCAACAGGCAGCGGGACUCUUACUUUGAAGGACAGUCCAGAUGACGGCGUUUCAGCGCCUUGACCGUCUCGCUGCCUUACUAACAAAGUCUGACUCACUGCCUGAAUGUAAUCCUGAACGCUGUUUGGAUAUGACAGUGUGUGCAGUCUCACAGAUGGAUGGAUGCUUUGUGGAUGGACAGAUCUCUUACCUGUUGCAGAUGGAGGAGUGUUGGUUGGGUCAGUGCUCUCUUCUCCUUUCUGUGUUUUCAAAAAGGAGGAAAUGUCAAGGCAGAAGCUGAAACGUAAGCGUCUCUCUCAGCCCUGAAGGGAUGCGGAGUACUGGCAGAGAAAGGACACGGUGGAAGACAGAGAGCACGGUGGGCAGAUUGGCUUUCUAUGGAAGCAGAACGAGCCAUGUUCUGCCCUGGUGUCACACUGAACACUCAGAUCCUGCGUUAUUGAAACUCUCCAGGGAGGGGGCGACAGAGAACAUUGCAUUUCCACGUUCACCUGAGAGGAAAAGACACACCUGAGGCUAGGUCAAAGUUAUAUGGGAGUAACUGAUGUCACAGGCACAUAUGGAAGGAUUUACUGCACAGAAAAUGUGGUGGCUCUUUUGUUAAGUUUUUAACUAAAUGAUGCAUGAUCAUAACAGGACGCAGUGUUGUUUAGCAGCCUGACAGUUUUAUAUGACUUGUGGUCCCUUACUGAAACUUUAAAUCACAUUUUUAUUUACACCAGCCAGUCAUUUCUCUCUUUAUUUGAACAAGCCACUCUGAAAAGUCAAAAAGUCUACCUGUUUAUGACCUACACUUGUGGCAACAACAACUUAUAUGUUUUGUUUUAUUUUGUUACUUUCGUAGCGACUCUUGUCAAGUUUUAUUUUGCAUUCCUGUGCAUAACUUGGAAGGAUCCAUUGACAGUAUUCAUGAUGUGUUUCAGUCGCCUUGAUGUAUGACUGCAAAUCAGAAGACUUUCUUAUGCAUUUUCAUUUUCAACUGAUCAUUAUCAUUUACUCACUGAUGAAGAUGUGUUUUGUUGCUGUUGCCUGUUUCUUGGACAACAGUGUGAGUUCUUGCUGCUGACUUUUAAUGUGUGUUGUUUGUUUGAUAUUUUUUAAUCCGUUGUAGUCAUUUGGACUAAAGGACUAACAGACUAAAGAAUGACAUUUGAAUCAAUUUUAUACACAAUCAUUGUUUUUGUAGCGCUAUUAUACAUUUCUACACAUCAAUACCUUAACACAGGUUUAUAAUGUCAGUUAUUCUGCAUUUUGUGCAACUGCUUUUUUUUAAUCACAAAGAUUGCAGUCAUUUCUACAUGAUGACUAUCAUUGAUGUGUUAGGGGGAUUAUUUCUCUCAGAUGGAAUUACUUCUUGGUGCUUACAUUCUUUUAUGUAUCUGUUAUCUACUUUACUCUGCAUGGUCACAUGCAAAAUCAGACACAUGUCCACAGAAACAGAUGUCCACAGAAACACAUGCAUCUUUAUACAGUUUACCAAAAUUCAGUUUCUUAUAAAUUUGUCUUUGUGUAAACAUGGCACAGAGAAGUGCGUCCCUGUGCUUUAUGUAUGUUUUUUUAUGUAGAAGCUGCUCCAGACCAAUGGACGAAGAUUAAUAAAGUUGUUUGAAUUGAAUUGAAAUGGAAAAUGAUGUAUAACUUUCCUUGUGGACAUCUGUAUAUUCUGCCCUGGUAUUUGUGCUACUUUUUAAUACGAUAAUAUUCAGCACUUAUAUGUUUUAAGAUUACCUUCUGGUUUAUGUGACACGUGACUGUCGAGCAUUCUUCUGCAAUGUUUGCAUUGUUAGCCUAAAUAUGAACGGUCAGAAUGUUUGUUGUUUUAUUGUCACUCUUUGCGGCAUUCACAAGUUUAAAUAAGAUCAGCAAUGUUUGAAGACAUUUUAGUUAGAUUUAAGUCACAAUCUUCAAAUAACUCAGAGGAACACUAAGAGGUAUGUGAUGGGAGUGGAGUUUUCUAUUGCCAGUCUGCAGAUUGUUCAAUGUGUUAGCUGGAUAGCACUAAUGGUUUAGAAACACAACACAUAUUGGUAGCUCUGACUUUCUUGUUUUUUUAAUAAUGAAUAUCCUCUAGGAGACCAGCAAACUGGCACCCUGUAAGAAUCAGUUUCACUCAUAUCCAGCUCUCAAAAUGACAAUGAGUAACAUGUAGCUGUUUUAGCCUUAGGGUUUAUCUUACAAAGUUGAAUAACUGACAUCACACACAAACAAUUCCCAUAUUAAUGAGACGAAAAGAUUGUGAAAAUUUCACUAAAUGGUUUACAAGAGAAAGUUACUUUCAAGGUAUUAAACCAACACCCCACCUCUCAUUUAUAUGUCUUUAAAUAUGUUCCAGGAGUGCUAUUUGAAAAGCUGUACAUUAACUGCACAUCAUUAAGCUAAAGUAAAACAGCUGAGGAGUUAUAUUAAACACAGAUUGGUUUAGCUUGACUUUAUUUCACUGAGAGCUGAUGGUUAUCUGAUACUUCACAUUAUUACAUGUGUUUAUUUCUUUUACAGAUUCUGUCAGUUUCAGUAUUAUGGCAUUGAGAGUCUGAACACAGUUUGGUGUUUUGGAAAGUUUCUAUAUUAUCAUGCAGUAUUAGCUUGACUUUGUGAGAUUGUUUUUUUUUCGGAUGUGUAUUUGGUUGUAAAAGAAUUAAGCUAUUUUUGUAAUUGUCUAAAAAUGUGUAACAUGAAAUCUGGUCAAGUAAACAUGUAGACUGAAGUAAA